AUGACUUCGCCGUUCACAGGCGGCCUCUCCUUCUGGGACUCUCAUUUCCACUCUGGAGAUGUUAAUGCAAAUGAACGUGACCUCAGUUUCUUACUCUCCGCCGCCCUCGCCACAGCUGCUAGGCCGCCGUCCCCGGGAGGCGCUGCGCAGAGCAGCAGCAGCAGCAGCAGCAGCAGCAGCAGCAGCAGCAAAAGCAGCAGCAACAUCUGCAACGGCAGCAGCAGCAGCAGCAGCAGCAGCAGCAAUCCCAGCGCCAGUAUCUUCGCUCGAUUUCCCCCUCCUGUGCCUUCUACUCUGAGCCUUGACGAUCGUUUUGCGCGUUGUUUGGCCGUAGCAGAGGAGUGCAUUCAACAGGAGGAACUCCGUGCUCUCUUGGAGAGGAAGGCCUGCCCUGUGGCGUAUGAUGGCUUUGAACCGAGCGGGCGCAUGCACAUAGCGCAGGGUUUGUUGAAAGUGAAGAACGUGAAUAGAUUAACAAGUGCUGGGUGUGUGUUUGUCUUCUGGGUGGCGGAUUGGUUUGCAAUGCUGAACAACAAAAUGGGCGGCGACUUAAAAAAAAUUCGAAAAGUAGGAGAAUAUUUCGUAGAAGUGUGGAAAUCCGCCGGUAUGAAUAUGGAAAAUGUUCGCUUUCUUUGGGCUAGCGAAGAAAUAGGAAGAAACCCUGAGGCGUAUUGGCAGCUGUGUGCAGAUAUAUUUUAUUUGAACGCAGACAUCUGCCAGUUAGGCAUGGAUCAGCGUAAAGUAAAUAUGUUAGCUCGAGAGUACUGCGAAGAAAUAAAAAAGAAACAUAAACCCGUUAUAAUUUCUCAUCCUAUGCUCCCUGGACUGUUAGAAGGGCAAGAAAAAAUGUCUAAGUCAAACACAGACUCUGCUAUCUUCAUGGAAGACUCCGAAGCCGAGGUGAACAGGAAGAUAAAGAAAGCGUUUUGCCCGCCUUGCGUAUUGAAGGACAAUCCAUGCGUUGCGUACGCUGAGCAUUUGAUAUUUCCUGACGUUUUAGAGGUGGAGAGAAGUGCAGAAAACGGAGGAAAUAUUACUUUUAAAACUGUAGAAGAAUUCAGACAAAGCUUUGCUAGCGGACAGCUACACCCGGGAGACCUCAAAGCAGCUCUUGCUAAAGAAAUUAAUAAAAGACUUGAGCCUGUUAGGAAACACUUUCAAACGAAUGAACACGCCAAACAACUCCUCAAACAAAUCUCAGCCUAUCGAGUCACUAAGUAA